AUGUUAUUUACAUGGAUAAGUGGAAUAACGGUGUCAACAAUACCGGCUAUUCUUAUCAACAUUGUUCUUGCUAAAAAAGAAAUACGUGAAAAAAAUAGUUUAGAUGAACAUGACGAUUUUUUUAUAAAAAAAUUAGUCUCAGACAAACACCAUUCCAACGUUGAAAAUAAAAUACACUCAUUGCCAAAUGUGGAGGAAAUACGAGUGAAAGCUUACAUUCUGAUAAUAGUGCUAAUCUUAUCAAUUUGUUUUUCCGUUUAUCUCGUAACAUUUAUUGCCAUUGGACUGCGUUUACAGUUCCAUUAUGAGCCAAGUAGUUUAAAAGAAGAUGAUAUUGUGAUUAAUCCCUGGUCCGACGGUUUAGCACGAUUUGUUAAGGAUGUUUAUAUAAAUAUUUUUGUCAUGUUUGUGGUUAUUAGUAGAACAUCGUUGUUUCCAGCCAUUAUCCAUAGAGUUAUUAGCAUUUUAAAACAAGUCGUACCAUGGCGUUUUAAAAUAAUAUUUGACUACAUUCUACUGAAUAAUCAUAGACUAACAACCGUUCUUUAUCCAGCGGUACAAACCCGCUUAUAUUUGACAAUCACGUUAAUCAUGCAAAUAACCGGUGUCUUCAUCUCACUUAUCUUGGAUUUCACCGAUGAACCUUUGAGUGUGUACAACGGUGGUACAAGAUUCAUGAUAUUCAUGUUCGAGACGGUGAAUGCUCGAUUCGCCGGUUAUCAAACAAUUGACAUUAGUCGAUUAGCUGCUGGCACACUAUUGACUUAUAUGCUGUUAAUGGCCGCUAAACCACAAAUGUUGUGUGCCAUCAAUGAAAAUCCCUUUGAACUUGAAUGGAUUGUAUUACAAACUCAAGAGAAAGUCGAGCAAAAACUUGAAACUCGACGACAAAGCAUGGGAUUGCAGAAUACAACUGUCUUGGAUGUUAGAAGACAAAGUGUGGCGUUUCCAAUAAAUCGUGUUCAAAAUUUUCUAAAACGACAAAGUACAGCGGCCAAAACAAGUGCAAGAAAACAUUUUUCUAAGCAUUUGAAACAAGCAUUAGCGAAAAAUCAAAUCGGUGUUGAUGAUAUACAUAAUGUAAUGAACAUUGAUCGAGGAGGACAGCAACCUCAAAUUUCUCAUCGUCCUAGUGCAGUUGCUAGUGGUAGUUCAAACGAUGACGAUACCAAUAUAUCUUGGUUAAGAAGGAAAUUAUUUAUUAUUGUUUUCACAAGACAAUUAAUCCAAAGUAUCUCUGUUCUAAUCAUUUCACCACGUAUGUGGCUCUUUCUCUUUCUUUUCUUAAUAUGUUCAUUUGAACAAUAUCAUUUGCAUCCAACUGAUACAAAUAUUACUGUGUUUAAAAUUAUAUUCGAAAUCAUAUCAGGUUAUCCUGGUAUAGCGUCAAGUUUCUGUUCAGUGUUUUCAUCUAAGAGUAAAGUAAUAAUUAUUAUAUGUAUGUGUAUUGAAAGACACCGCGGGCUUGUGGAUUCAAUGAAAGAUCAAGAACAAAUUGAGUACAGUGCUGUGGGACUUAAUUGA